AUGAGGAUUUUAAGUAAGUUCUCAUCAGGAGCAGGAAAUAUUCACACUUAUGAGAUCCAAAUCGUAAGCGAAAUCCCUAGCAUUAUAGGCAAGGAAAACUUCCAAGGACAAACGGCGAAUUCUGAUAAAGAACAAGUCCAGCCGUCAACCAGAGGUACCAAGGAACAGGUCAGAUCAUGA